CGUACCUCUCCAGUUUUGUUUUCCCGGCCUGGCGUUAUUAUCAUUGGAUUGACUGUGAGCGUACAUACCUAUCUCGUGCACAAGACACUGAGCGUUACCCAAAGCAGACCAUGAUCGAGCUAGAAGACCUCCCACUGGCACAAAGCGUCUCAAAAGCCGACGAUGGCUACGAACAGGGGUUCGACGACGAAGAGCCGCAGGACUCGCACGCCGCCCUGGUGGACACGGUCCGUGGCAACGGCAAGGAACACCGCGACGCGCUGGCGUACCUGCUGCGCUACGAAACCAUGGUCCGUCAGCAAGAAGCGGAAGACAUGGCAACCUUAUCCCACAUUCGUCCCUGCGUCGAGCGUCUCCAAGAACUGGCGGGAAUCGAAAACGCCCAGAAGUCCUACGCGACCUGGUCGGACACAACGGCGGAUGUUCUCACCGAUGUAGUCUCGUUUGCCCAGCUCAAAACGGCUCUCGACAAUCUUGAGUGCAGCACCGGUACCGAGUUCUUGGCAACGGAUCGUCAGCUGAUGAUGGUACUCCGUAUGCUGACCUCCAAGACUACAGAAAUGGAUGCCGAUGUCAAGAUUACUUGGGCCGAGUUUCUCCAAUGCUACAAAACGUGCAUUGUGGGAAUGAUGACGUUACAGCACUUGUCCUCCUCGGACGACCGAUCCCGUGCGCGUGAUCGGACCCUUUCUAUGCUGAGUCUUUUUGAGCCACCUUCCACGAAACUUUUCAAUGAAGAUCGUCACAUUGAUAGCCGUGCCCUGACCGCCGAGCGUGCUCGUCGCCCGGGGGUUCCCAUGCUACUGCAGCGACGGACGCUUCGCAGCAGUAAACGUUCAAAGCAACUCGUGGCUGGAAUUUUGCUAAUUCUGGCCAGUGUUGCCGGUUUAGCUUUUCAUAUCUCUAUGUCUUCCGGUAUCCAAACAAAUCCUUUACGCAGCAAAAUCGAUACGAUCGGGGAACAAGAUAAUUCGCCGCCACCCAUGAUGUCUCCUGCAUUGCCCUCCUCCUCCUUCACCACCAGUCCCUUAGUAAUGCCGGAAACGGCAAACUUGAAAGUCGAAAACCUUCCUGAAGCAACCCUGGCGUUCGCCACGGUAGACUUCUUCCACCCCGGCUCACCCGAUCAUUACGAGCCUGCCGUGGAGAGCAUGACGUUUCCCGUGCUUGUCGGUGGAAUGGUUGGGCUAGUAGGUGCCCCCUUGGCUGUGACGGGACUGCAAAUUCUGAAGACAGGGUUGUCAGCUGGAAGCAUUGUUUCAUCGAGUAUUUUUGUAGCCGGCCUAGCAUCCAUGGCUUCUUUUUCAGUUAGAGGUUUCUUUGCCGUCCUCUCCAAGCUCCUACGUAAGAACGUCUGA